AUAAAGCAGCGGAAUGAUUGCCUGGGUCACUACGCGAAGAACAGCCGACUUGCCAACACGUGCGGCGUCAGUGGCAUUGUCAGUUAUAACAUGAGGGGAGAAAAGAUUGCAGUAGAACAUGAGGGGUCAGGCCUUGCUUACAUUGACUUCCAAGGCUCCAACCCGUUCCAGCUGUUCCAAGAAUGGCUAACAGAGGCACGAGCUUCUCAUCUAGUCAACCCAGACGCUCUGUGUCUGUCCACCAGUUCAAAGGAUGGAAAGCCCAGUUCCAGACAUGUGUUAAUAAGAAGGUUGGACGAUGACGGUAUCGUCAUCAUGACAGACGGCCGGAGUAGAAAAUCAAAAGAACUGGAAGAAAACCCUCACGCCUCAAUGGCUUUUCUCUGGUCAUAUGUAAAGGACGGCCAAAAAAUAAAUAGACAGGUUCGUCUUGAGGGCAGAGUCGAGGAGGUGAGUCAAAGUUCCUGCCAGGAGAUAUGGGAGAGAGAGCCUCUAUUCUGUAAGAUCAGGGCGAACAUUUGCGAUCAAGGUACCCCCACGGACUGGCAGGAACACAAGGAUAAACAUGACCAGAUGAUGCAGGAUAUUCUCUCUGGCAAGGUGGUGCCACAGAUGCCAAGCCAUGUUGUCUUCUACAAAGUGAUUCCCAGUUUUAUGGAGUUCUACUACGCUUAUGACAACUACAUCGGCGACCGCCUAGCCUUCCACACAGCUGAUCAAGAAGCCAGGGUUUGGAAGUCGGAGAGGAUCAUGGCUUGAACAGAUUUUGAUCAACGUGUUUAAUUUGCUGAAUUCGUAAAACUUAAAUUUGUGUUGUAUCAAAACGUGAUAACUGAUAGCACAAUCCCUUAAAGUAUUAUCUUAAAACAUGAAUGUGAUUAGGAUUUACAAAAUACUAUUUUUACUUUUACAUUCCGAUGUGAAACAAUUGGUUGUGUAAUAAAUGUCAAUGACUGUUUGUUGGUA